AUGAAUCAGGUCUCGGCGAAGUCCAAGUUCAAGACAACUGAGUUCCUUGGGGGGGAAAGCAGGGGGGUGAGAUUUAUGAAUAGGGCUAAGAGCCACCUGAACGCAGUCAGCAAAAAUGUGGCGCCCGUGUCGAGUGCGGCGAACCCGCAGUUUACACACAAAACGUCUUUCUUGAAGAACUCUCACUUGAAAGUGCGGACGAACAACCCCGUACUUAAGCAACCGCCCAAGAGCAGCCUCAAAAGCAAUCAGAGGAGCUCACUGAGGGUUUCCCACGUCGAGUUCGCCAGGCAUAGCCAUAAAAAGGGCCACCACAAUGGUGGCGAUAGCGGAGGUGAUAGCGGCGAUGGUAACGGAGAUGAUAACGGUGAUGGUUACGAUGACGACAAUGCGGGUGUAAAGGAUGGCCUAAAUGACGAUGUGCACGGUGACGUGCAUGGUGAUGGCGGGAGGGAGACCAUACCGGGGGGGAGAAAGGUGCCCCCACCCAACGCCGGCAGCGCGACGAAUCCAGAGGAGAGGAAGAGCUACAUGAACAAGUUCGGGGCACGGAACCACGGGAGAGACAAGUACGGGGAGAGCGGGAGGGCCACCACCAUCGGCGGUGGAAACAACCAAAGCAGCGGCAAUCCGAAGCUGGGCCAGUCCAGGGUGCUCGGCCAGCCCCACCACUACGAGCGAGAGGAAGCCGGGGCGGGCGACAAUGAAUGGGGGCUCAGUGCCCAGGGCGCCAUCUACUCGUACGGCUCGCCCAUGAAGAGGAAAUACGACGCCAUGGAGAACGUGCACAGGGGGGAUGCCGCCAGGGGGGGCAAGGGAAGUGACAACGAUGGGGAUGGUGAUGAGAAUGGCGGUGGCGAUAGGGAUAGCAACGGUGGGGGAGACCCGCAGAGCGAUCGUGAGCGUGACAGAGAGCGCGAUCGCGAGAGAGCACGGAGAGACACCAACGCGCAGAGCAAACGGUACGGCCCAAGAGGUCACCCCCAUGAGGGUGGAAAUUCACACUAUGGCAAUAGCUACAGUGGCGUUAAUGUGUCAAGUGGGACGAAUGAAAAGGUGAGUGCCUACGGCAGCAUGAUGCUGUAUUCUAAUGAGAAGCUCCUGGGUAGCAACAACACGGGGCUUGGUGCUCACCCGAGUCUGAACAGCAGUGGGCUGCAUGGGAUGAAUCAGGAGGACGCUCUGCUGAGCAGGUCCUACCAGCCGCUGAGCACCUCAGGCGGGAACGCGGGGGGGAAUAAUGCGCCCGGCGCGGCGAACAUGCCCGGUGGGGACCAGGGCGAGGAUAACGCGCGGGCCACCCCGCUAGGGAGGAGCUACGCGAAAUUCGAUCGGCUGAGAAGGGGCCAGCCGCUGCUCGCCCGUCCGCCGCCGCAGCAGCAGUUGAAGCUUUCGCAGCUUUCGCAGCCCUCGCAGCAGUCGGUGAGUGCGCACCGCCUGAACAGCUCGCUCUACCACCCGAGCAAGAACCCCGCCAGGCCGCCCAGGCGGAGCAGACACACCAGUUACAUAAACGACACGAACAGCGAACAGAUGGCGAACCACGCGACGGGCAGCCACAACGAAUUGUUUAACUCGUGUACGUUUGACAGACUAAGUGAGGAGAAUUUUAAUUUCUGUGGGGGGAAGAGGACGGAGGGGGGCGGCGAGAGACGCGGCGAUGAGAGACGCGUCGAGAGCUACGGCGAGGGAUCGGCGUGUAACGGGGCGGAGCGCGCAGCCAGUGCGAACAGGAGCGCCCCGCCCCACGUGCAGGUUACGCCCAACGUGCAGGCUACCCCGAACCCGCGCGUCGCGUCGAACGGCUCCCACAAAUUCUCGCGGCUGCUGAGGAACGACGGCAUGACGAACCACCAACAGGAGUCAAACCAGGUGGACUUGCGCAAUGUUAGCACGCCGAUGAAGUAUUCGGAGGGCCGCCCCUUCGCUGUGGGGUUCAGCAGCACCAUGGGUCCCGUUGGCAGCGUGUUGAAGGGAGCCCCCCCAAAUGAGGCACGAAAUGGGAGGGGGGAAAGUCGUCUACCCGCUGCUACCCGAUUGGAUAGCGCAGAGGGGGACAGUGAGGACGACUACUACCAACGCGUCGUGCGAAACAUCUCAAACUGCAGCAGUGAGGAGAAGGACAUGAGCGCUUUAUUGGAAAAUGUGGAAAAUUUAAAUAACUACGUUCUAAACAUGGAGAGGGAAAAUGAGCAUCUAAAUGAAAUUCUGCAAACGAACAACAGCAUCAGUGAGACGGUCAGAUGUAUUCAACAGGUGGUACUGACCAGAAAGAAAGUCAUCCAAGACAGGAGGAAUGUCAUCAAUGAGGAGUAUGAGCUAAUAUCUCAGAAGCUGAAGGAAUGUGAGUCCUUCUUCUGUGAUUCUAAUGAUGGAGGGAAAGGAGAGAAGAAGUUAAAAGUUUUUUAUGAAAUCGAUGAGAAGAAGAAUACCCUAAAAGGGAAAUAUGAGAUGAAGAAAAUGCUUUUGAAAAAGGCCGAGUAUAAAAUUGAAAAGCUGCAAGAAUACACAGAUGCCGUGAAGAUGAAGACGCUGGCCAUUUCGGAGAGGUACAAGAAAACCUUCCUACUUAUAGAGGAACUCUUCAGGCUGAAGAUCAUCAAAGACACGGAGAAUGAGUUGGAGGUUUGCCUCAUUCCGAAGAACACCAAGACGAACAUGUGGCACAAGCUGCAGCUGGACAAGCGGGAGAUGACCUCCGACGCCUGCGACUAUUUGUGGAGCCAGAUCGAGUCCUUCGUGGACAGGGACGCCCUCAACGGCUACCUCUGA